CCUGCUUCUGCUUUUGCUCUUCCCCCCAAAAGGAGGGAGCAGCAAUCUGUUUGAAAGAGACCCCAGGACAAGGAUGAGGACAUCUUUGCCAUUGCAGGGCACUGUGCUACCAGGUGCUGCACACAGGAUGUUCACCGUGACCAGGGCCUUGGAAGAGGCUCUUUUUCAGCACUUCAUAUGCCAGAAGCUGGAGAUCGCCUAUGCCAUACACAAGCCAUUUCCCUUCUUUGAAGGCCUCCGAGACAAGUUCUGCAUUACUGAGAAAAUGUAUAAGGAAUCUCUGGAAGCCUGUCAAAACUUGGUCCCUGUAUCCAGAGUGGUGCACAACGUCCUUACCCAGCUGGAGAGAAGGUUUCACCUGUCGUUUCUGAUGACGUUGUUCAGCCCGAUUAACCUGCGUGAAUACCCCGAUCUAAUGACUAUUUACAGGAGCUUCAAAAGGGUUGUUAAUACCUGCGGAGGGUGGAGGAGAGACAUGCCAAUCCUAUCUGCAGCCCCAGCUGAUCCAGCCGAAGGGAGCUCCAAUGUCCAACCUCCACGCCAGUACCUGCUGCCACAGCUGCCACUCUUGCCCCCGCCGCCAACCCAUCCACCCCGUGCACCGAGGGUUCACCAGCCUGAGGCCUACACACAUCAAAGCAGUGAGAUCCUGGGGGAACGGCCCAGCCCUUCUGGCCCUGCCGGGGCUCUCCCUGAAUUCAUUCAAGAAGGAAGGAUCACUCCAGUGCUCCAUGACAACUUAAUACCCAAAACAAAUGAUAAAGACUCACAAGAGAUGCCCAGCGUUCUGCCUGACCCCGUGCAAGGGAUAAAAGAAGAUUCUCCUGAACCAAAUGGCCUCCAAGAUCCCCAAAAGGUAUCCAGCACACCUCCAAACAAGAAACGUGAGGGUUACCUUUCUCCUGCAGGAAAGAAAAGAAAAAGAAGUGUCCUAUCAACUCCAGAAAAGAGACAUCAGAAAAAAAUCUUCCCAAGAGUUUCAGAAAGACCUGAAGAUGAAACUGUGGGCUUUCACUCUGCUAAACUUCCUGUGACCUGUGGUGAGGAAAAAGGAGUUUUAUAUACGGAGAAAAUGAAACGAGGACCCUCAGAGAAAUGUAUUCGGAAUGAGAAAGGAGCUUGGUAUACACCAAAAGAAUUUGCGAUUUCAGGAAACCGGGCAAAGUCAAAGAACUGGAAGCAGAAUGUGCUUUGCAGGGGUCAGACCCUGGGACAGCUGCUAGAGAAAGGACUUUUGCUCUGUCCUUCAAGAAUAAGUCUCAAGGAACAGGAGGAGGGAGACAGCGAGGCUGACAGUGACUAUGACACAGAGCAGGGGGUCCCGGGUAGCGUGCUUGGCCGGUCCCCGGUGAGUGGCCUGCACAAGGAAGGCGCCAAGGGCAGUGCCAGUGGUCUGGGGCGGUGGAAGGAGGUGGGCCAGGGCCUGGGCCGUCCCCUGAGUGGCAGCAGCGGCCUUGGCGGUUGCGUCAAUGACAACAGUGGCAGCAGGUCCCCCUGGCCGAAGCCUGUUGCUUUUCCAUCAGGGAGCUUGAGGCCGGGGCCCAGGAAACCCCAGGCCAGAAAGAGUGGAAAGAAGCUGGACUGCCCGGCCCUUCCUCCGGGAUGGGAGAGGAAGGAAGUGAUCCGAAAAUCUGGGGUCACUGCCGGCAGGAUCGAUGUCUACUACUUCAGUCCGAGUGGCUUGAAGUUCAGAAGCAAACCUCAGUUGGCAAGGUUCCUGAGAGAUACUGUUGAUCUCAGCAAUUUUGACUUCAGAACUGGAAAGAUGAUGCCUAGUAAAUUACGGAAGAAUAGGUAGGGACUGUGGAAUGAUCCUCUCAAUCAGAAUAAUUUUGUGCACACCGUUACGCUCUAGCUGCGCUGCAUCACUCCUCAACCUGCACCAUGGCGUGUACUUUCAAGAUGCUGUUUCCUCUUCUUUGAGUGUGUUCUCCCCAUCCCUCCAUCUCAUCCUCAUCCAAGGCCCAGCUCCUUGGUCUGUGUGAAGCCUGCCAUACAUACUGCAGGCAGAACCAAGCCCUCUUCCUUAAUGCUUCACUGGUACUUUGCCAUUGUAUCCGUGGUUGUUUGCUUCGACUAGAGUGUGAGUUCCAUGAGGGCAGGGACCCUGUCUUUUUAUGUCUGCCUAUUUGUAUCCCAAAGCCUAGCACCUGGUAAGUACUCAAUAAAUACUUGCUUUAUGUUUACGAAAAAAGAAGAGUAAGUCUGGAGAGGUAAAAAGCACGAAUUUCUCCCAUGUUCUCAGUCGCCAUGUUGCAGACUUUCUACUCAUCUCACAGUCCCUGAGAUUCCCAACUCCGCGUCACCUUCACAUGUAGGCAUGCCACCUUCAUACCAGCCACUUUAACACAGUGUUACACGUUCAUGCCACCAUUAUUCUGAUGGUUGAUUUGAGAUGAGGAAGCAAACAACAAAAGCUAAUGAUGUGUAUGUGUUUUAGAGAGAGAUCAGGAUGUUUGGAUGACUGCAAACCAAAGGUGUCGGAAAUAGAGUACUCUAGUGUGAAAAGCAAACACAAUAUUGAAAGAGACAAGAACGUUAUGUGAAAGGGCAACAGGAUCAUUUUCCACUGUACACCAAGAAUUGCUCAAUUCAGUGUUCAAGUCUCUUCAGUACCAGGAUAGACUGAAGUGUUUGACUGAGUUUUGCUUCUGCAGAGUCUCCCUACAGGUGAAAAUGACAGUCACUGUUUGGCUGAACCAGGGACUCCUCCUCAACCCUCUGUGCUUGCUUCAUGGAUUAUUUGCUCAGCAUAAAGAUUGAAUAAGUAUGGUGAAAAUAUACAACCCCUGACGCAAACCAUUCCUGACUAAACCACACAGUAUCCCCUUGUUAUGUUCAAACAACUGCCUAUGUGUACAUGUCCCUCAUGAGCACAAUGAAGUGUUCUGGAAUUCACAAUGUUAUUCACAAUCUGUUAUGAUCCACACAGCCGAAUACCUUUGUAUAGUCAAUAGAAGACAAGCAAACAACCUUCUGGUAUUCUCUGCUUUCAGCCAGGAUGCAUCUGACAUCAGCAAUGAUGUCCCUGGCUCCAUGUCCUCUUCUGAACCUGGCUUAAAUUUCUGGCAGUCUCCUGUCAGUGUACCUUUGCAGCCACUUUUGAAUGAUCUUCAGCAAAAUUUUACUUGUAUGUGACACUAAUGACAUUGUUCGAUAAUUUCCACAUUCAGUUGAAUUACCUUUCUUGGGAAUAGGCAUAAAUACAGAUUUCUUCUAGUCGGUUGGCCAAGUAGCUGUCUUCCAAAUUUCUUGGAAUAGACAAGUGAGCGCUUUAGCUACUCCACAUUCAAAAGCAAAUUUCAGGGUCUCUUCUGACAUCCAUUUUGGUCUUUUCUUUCUUUCCUGUCUUUUUAAUGACCUUUUGCUUUCUUCACAUAUAAUGUUCUUGGUGUCACCUCACAGCUCAUCUGACCUUCGGUCGUUAGUGUUCAAUGCAUCAAGCCUAUUCUUGAGAUGGUCUGUAAAUUCAGGUGGGAUAUAUUCGAGGCUGCCAUGAACUUGUUUAAAUUUUCUUCAGCUUCAACUUGAACUUCCUUAUGAGCAAUUGAUUUUUUCACAGUCGGCUCCUGGCCUUGUUCUGACGAUGACAUUGAUCCUCCCCAUCAUCUCUUUCCACACAUGUAGUAGAUUUGAUUCCUGUGUAUUUCAUCUGGUGAGGUCCACAUGUAUAGUCAACAUUUUUAUGUUGUUGAAAAAAGGUAUUUGCAAUGAAUAAGUCAUUGGUCUUGCAAAAUUCUAUCAUGCAAUCUCCAGCAUCGUUUCUAUCACCAAGGCCAUAUUGUCCAGCUACUAAUCCUACCUCUUUGUUUCCAGCUUUUGCAUUCCAAUCAUCAGUAAUUACUAGUGUAUCUUGAUUGCACAUUUGAUCAAUUUCAGACUGCAGAAGUUAGUGAAAAUCUUCAAUUUCUUCAUCUUUGGCAUUAGUGAUUGGUGCAUAAAUUUGGAUAAUAGUUAUAUUAACUUGUCUUCCUUGUAGGCAUACGAGUACACUAUCACUAUCACUGACAGUCUUGUACUUAAGAAUAGAUCUUGAAGUGUUCUUUUUGGUGAUGAAUGUGAAGUCAUUCCUUUUCAGUUUGUCAUUCCCAGCAUAGUAGACCAUAUGAUUGUUUGAUUCAAAGUGGUCAGUACUAGUCCAUUUCAGCUCCGGUGCCUAAGGUGUUGAUCUUCAAGGGCUCCAUUUCAUUUCUGACAACUUCCAAUUUUCCUAGAUUCAUACUUCUUACAUUCCACAUUCUAAUUAUUAAUGGAUGUUUGCAGAUGUUUCUUCUCAUUUUGAGUCGUGCCGCAUCAGCAACUGAAGGUCCCAAAACCUUGAUGCCAUCCACUUCAGUAAGGUCAACUCUACUUUGUGGAGGCAUCUUUUCCCCAGUCAUAUUUUGAGUGCCUUCCAAUGUGAGGUGCUCAUAUUCUAGCAUUAUAUCAGACAGUGUUCCAUUGCCAUUCAUAAGGUUUUCACUGGCCAAUUUUUUAAAGAAGUAAAUCACCAGUUCCUUCUUCCUAGCGUGCCUUAGUCUGGAAGCUCUGCUGAAACCUGUCCAUUGUGGGUAACCCUACUGAUAUUUGAAACACCAGUGGCAUAGCUUCCAGUAUUGCAGCACACUCAAGCCACCACAGUAUGACAAACCGAAAGUUGAAUGGUAGCCUUCUCUAAGUAGGUCUUGUAUAAUGUGUUUCAAUCUGAGAAGGCCCUGUUUUAGUUUAUACUGAACUGUAUUAACUAUUCUACCUGGAGAGGAAGAGCCAUGAAAUUCCAUUUGGCCAAGCUGAUUGUAAGUGCCAAAGACUUAAUUUUGUUUUCAUUUAUUAUUUGUGGGUGAGAGCAUCCAUGCUCAUUAUGGUAUGGUAUGGUGUUAUUAGGUUAUUAUGGGAUAUUUUGGCUGUAAUUACCACGGCAAAUUUAGGCAAGGUAAUGGUUCUGAAGGCUAAGCUGAGACAUAACUAUUGGUCUUCUAUUUUUUGUUUGGUAACUUCCGUAAGAGAAUAGGGAGUAUCUGGUUUAAAUUUAGUGGAAUCCCCAGGUAUAACUGUAACUUGAGCCCCAGUAUUGACUAAUGCCAUGAAGGUUUGGCAAUAGGUACUUCUCAAUAGAUGUUAGAGUGAAUUGACAAUCUAUCUUGUAGAGGCACAAAAGUCAGCCAGCACCCUUGAUCUUUUUGUUAUACAAAUCUUUUAGUAAAUUUUGGAUUUCCAAUUUGGUUAAAUUGAGGGCUUUUGCUUCAGAUUUUUGUUUCCUCCUACUUUAUCCAGUGUUUUUUGCAGGGUGAGAAGGUGAUGUUCCUGGAUAUAUUCCAAGAGGAAGGUCCAGUCUACCCUAUUCAGAUUUGUAAAUUUCUUCUCACCUGAGUCACCACCCAAUGGGCUUGUAUAUUGUACAUUGCACAGGGCUUCAAUCUUCCCCUGAGCACUCUGCAUAAGGAGGCCAACGUCUGGUUGAGAUACAACAUUUCCAGGUUAAGAGUCAUUUCCCUGAGCCUAGUGUCAAAGAAAAAAAAGUUUUUUUUUUUUUUUAGUGUCAGUCACAGCUUAUGAAGACACAUAGUUAACUGGAGACAUACAGAUAGGGCUGGGCUGAAACCUCCUACUCAGGCUCCAUAUACCUGUCCCUAAAUGCCAAUUAUUGAGAAUUUUGGCAUUGGUUGGUUAAGUUGAUAACAGAGGGUCAGUAUGGCUAUUUUGGGGUGCUGCUGGGUUAUUUUUGACUCAUAGUGACCCCAUGACAGAGUAGAACUACCCCAUAAGGUUUUCUUGGCUGUAAUCUUUAUGGGAGCAGUUUGCUAGGUCUUUCUCCCAUAAAUCCGCUGGUUGGUUCAAACCGUGAAACUUUUAGUUAGCAGCCCAGCACUUAAUCAUUUGUGCCAUCAGAGGCUCAGUAAACUCAUUGCUGUAGGGUCAAUUCCAACUCAUAGGGGCCCUAUCAGACAGAGUAGAACUGCCCCUUAGGGUUUCCAAGGAGUGGCUGGUGGAUUUGAACUGUUGACCUUUUGGUUAGCAGCUGUAGCUCUUAACCACUAUGUCACCAGAGUUUCCAGAAGCUUAGUAAGACCCAGAAAAUACAGCACAAAGCAGCCCAGCUCAAAGCCCAAGUUAGCCAGCAGGCAGCAACACAACUCAAAAAGCAUGCUCACCACAAGCAGAUGGCAGAGCCAGUAAGCAGCCAAAGCAAGGGAAGAAAGACUCCUGGUGGUGACGGCCAUUGCUCAGACACUCUGCUUGCUGCACAGAUAAUCUUGCCAGGUCCUGUGAGGAGGUGGAUUCAAUCCCAAAUUAAAAAUUGGAUUUGGAUGUCAAAACUGAUGAUGCUACACAUGCAUCAAGAGUGAAUAAAUAAAGAGAUGUUUUUACUCACAUAUUGAGGCUUUCUGGGGACAGCAGGGUGGGCUCUCAAACCAAUCUGAAGAUGGCUUGAGCAUACAGAGGAAUGAGUAACCCCCAGGUUUACUACGGUUAGAGGAUAGUGACAGAGUGAGGAGUCCCUCUUUGGAGCAGGGGCUUGCCUGGCUCCAAGGGAGGAACCACUGAAAUUCUCUUACUGAUUUGCCCAGAUGUGGGAUCAGAGAGGAAAAAGGAAGGGUGGGCCAAAAGCUGUCAGCAGAUAUCAAAGAUGGAGUCCGACUCUUUAUUACAGAAUGCAACUCUUGACUUGUAUGUCCUUUAUCUUUUCAAUGUGUGUUGGGAAGUGUCUCACUUUCCCUCCAGAGCAUGGUAGGGCCCAGAACUCUGAACUAGCCAUGAUCUUAGCCAGGGGGGCAUGGGUAGGUCUGGGCUAUUUGGGAAAUGGCAUCUUCACCCUGACCAAGGCAAACCAGAAGUCCAGUCAGACAGCAAGAAUGGCCAGAGUGGCCAGAGCAUCAACCCUCGGGAAGAGCAAGAGACUGGUUAGUUUGAGGGGGGUCCUGCCUGGCAUGACCCUUCAAGCCAAUUGAGAGACACCAGGCCUUUGAGAAAGAGAAAGUAGGCUUUAUUGCAAGCCAGUCAAGUAAGGCACUUGGAGACUAAGUCUCAAAUGAAGUUCCCUGAGGUUGGGGAUACUAGAGCAGUUAUAGGGUUUGAGAUAGGGAACUUAUGCAUAAUUCAUAAAGCUUCUGAGAAUAGACAGGUGAUUCCAGAACUAAUUAACAUAUGUGUGGGUGCAGUGAGGGGGGAGCAAUAUGGUGCCUAGUGGGUGCUUUUUUUGGGAGGUAUGAAGUUCAUCUAAGGACAGCUUUGCAGUUUAUUGCACAUGUCUGAAUGGAGGGGGGGCAGGUAGGGAAGUGGCCUUGGUGGAGAAGCAGUGAAGUGGCCUUGGGCUGCUACACAGAAUGCCUUAUCAGGAACUCACAGAUGCUGGGUGCAAUUGGAGGAGGGGGGAACAGUUUAACGCUGUUGGUUACAUUCCCUCCUCUGGUUUUCAGGAUCUUCAGCUUUGAAGGUAGAUUUUUAUGUAUGCGGUGGCCUGAAACUCCAGAACUUUCGAGCUUGUUUACUGGUGGAAGCAUGUGUGUUGUGGGAUCUGAUAUUUGUUGAGUCAAUGGGAACGCGGUCAGAUAUCUGAAGCGUCAUGAUGUUCACAGCUGCUAGGCAAUUUUGAAUGAACCUGGUAAGACAGUUUAAGAGGCAGGGUAAAAGUAGACUGUCAUGGAUUGAAUUGUGUCCCCCCAAAAAUGUGUGUCAACUUGGUUAGGCCAUGAUUCCCAGUAUUGUGUGGUUGCCUUCCAUUUUGUGAUUGUGAUUUUACACUAAAGAGGAUUAGGGUGAGAUUGUAACACCACCCUUACUCAGGUCACCUCCCUCAUCCAACGUAGAGGGAGUUUCUCUUGGGUGGGGCCUGCACCACCUUUUAUCUCUCAAGAGAUAAAAGGAAAAGGAAGCAAGCAGAGAGUUGAGGACCUCAUACCACCAAGAAUGCAGCCCCAGGAGCAGAGCGUGUCCUUUGGACCUCGGGUCCUUGCACCUGAGGAGCUCCUCAACCAGGGGAAGACUGAUGACAAGGAAUCUUCCUCCAGAGCUGACACAGAGAGAAAGCUUUCCCCUAGAGAUGACACCUUGAAUUUGGACUUAUAACCUCCUAGAAUGUGAGAAAACAAAUUUCUCUUUGUUAAAGUCAUCCACUUGUGGCAUUUCUGUUAUAGCAGUACUAGAUAACUAAGACAUAGACAGAUUAGUAAAGAAUAAUCAACAGCAUAAAAAGGGGCCAGAGCCAGUGGAAGCUGGGAAACAAGGAAGUUAUCCAUGACCAGCAAUUAGAUGGCGUUUCUCUAGCAGUAGGUGGGCAAAGGGGAUGUGUCAAAUUGGCAAUUUGUUCUGAUUUGUGAAGAUUGACUUCUACUUCAUGGCUGGUGUUUAUCCAUGUCCAGCAGAAGGUGUUGGCUAUGGUGCAGAUGCCCCCUUCUUUGGCUAAGAUAUAUAGUCUAGGAUGACGCAGAGGUCCAUGAAAACACUAACCAGGGAAUUUAAGGAAGUUCGCUGGGCUUUUGUAGUUCAGCUGGUAGUUUUGCAAAGGAUGUGAAUAAAAGAAAAAAAAAUUUUUUUUUUUUUUUGUGAAUAGUGUCUGAUAAGUUUAACACAGCAUCUUGAAGAGCUGCAAGCCAGGGGAAAAUUGUAAGCAUUUGAAUGAUAAGCCAACCAUUGCCAAUUUCCGUUACGGAAUUACAACUGGUCCCAGUUAAGUCCCAUCCAGUUUUCUCAGAGUCGUCUGAAGUUUGUGUUUCUUUCUUUCUUUUUUUUCCCCUGAGAGUUAGUGGGUGGUUUCAUUAGCAGAGUGAGUUUAUAAGGGGAAGUGACUACCAUGGGAAAGGAUGCUAUUUCAAAGGUGCAAGUACCGAGCACAGCUCGGGGCAAGAAGCGUUU